GCAGCGCGCGCCCAGGCAGCGCCGAGCCGCCCGGGAAGGGGCGGGCGGGCAGGUGGGUGGGUAGGUAGAUAGGUAGGUAGAUUAGAUAGAUAGAGGAGAGCCGGCUGGGUCCCGCUACCUCCUGACCGUCAUGGCCGGCUCGGAGCAGCCGCCGCCGCGGGAGGACGGGGAGACGCCGCUGCCCAUCGAGGACGCGGAGCUGGCGCUGGCCGGCAUCAACAUGCUGCUGAACAACGGCUUCCGCGAGUCCGACCAGCUCUUCAAGAAAUACAGAAACCAUAGCCCAUUAAUGAGUUUUGGAGCCAGUUUUGUCAGCUUUUUGAAUGCCAUGAUGACAUUUGAAGAAGAGAAAAUGCAACUGGCAUGUGAUGACUUAAAGGCUACAGAGAAACUUUGUGAAAGUGAAGAAGCUGGAGUUAUAGAAACAAUCAAGAAUAAAAUUAAAAAGAAUGUUGAUGGACGAAAAUCCACUCUAUCCAUGAUAGAUCGUCUACAAAGACAAAUAAUUGUAGCAGACUGUCAAGUCUACUUGGCUGUGCUCUCAUUUGUAAAACAAGAGUUAUCAGCUUACAUAAAAGGUGGGUGGAUACUCCGAAAAGCCUGGAAAAUUUACAAUAAGUGCUAUACGGACAUUAACACACUUCAGGAAAUAUAUCAGAAGAAAACAACUCAGGAAUCCUUGACUUCUGAUGCUGCAAAUGAUAAUCAUAUUGCUGCAGAAGGUGUAACGGAGGAUUCGCUAAACAGACUGAAAGGUGCUGUUAGCUUUGGAUAUGGACUUUUUCAUCUUUGCAUAUCCAUGGUGCCCCCAAACCUGCUCAAAAUCAUCAACCUGCUGGGUUUUCCUGGAGACCGCCUACAGGGGCUUUCCUCACUGAUGUAUGCAAGUGAAAGUAAGGACAUGAAGGCCCCUUUAGCUACAUUGGCUCUCUUGUGGUACCACACAGUUGUUCGCCCCUUUUUUGCCCUUGACGGCAGCGAUAACAAGGCAGGAUUGAAAGAGGCAAAAGAAAUUCUUGCAAAAAAAGAAUCUGCUUAUCCAAAUUCUUCUCUGUUCAUGUUCUUCAAGGGAAGGAUACAGCGAUUAGAGUGUCAAAUCAAUAGUGCCUUGACCUCAUUUCAUACUGCUUUGGAACUUGCAACAGACCAAAGGGAGAUUCAGCAUGUCUGCUUAUAUGAAAUAGGUUGGUGCAGCAUGAUAGAGAUGAACUUCAAAGAUGCAUUUGAAUCCUUCGAAAGGCUUAAAAAUGAAUCCAGGUGGUCCCAAUGCUACUAUGCGUAUUUAACAGCAGUGUGUCAAGGAGCCACUGGUGAUGUCAGUGGUGCUCAGAAUGUGUUCAAGGAAGUUCAGAAGCUUUUCAAAAGAAAAAACAAUCAAAUUGAACAAUUUUCAGUGAAAAAGGCAGAUAGAUUUAGAAAACAAAUGCCGACCAAAGAGCUGUGUGUCCUGGCAUCCAUUGAAGUAUUAUACUUAUGGAAGGCCCUUCCAAACUGUUCCCUCUCGAACUUACAGCAUAUGAGUCAAGCUUGUCAGGAUGUUGAUGAUUCAUCGGCUGUUGGUUUGAGGAAUUUGCUUCUUGGUGCCAUACACAAAUGUUUAGGAAAUUCUGAAGAUGCCAUUCAGUACUUUCAGCGAGCUGCAAAAGAUGAACUCUGCCGUCAAAGCAACUUGUACGUCCAGCCAUAUGCUUGCUAUGAACUUGGCUGUAUUCUGUUAGACAAUCCAGAGACUGUGCCAAGAGGCAAAACCUUACUGCUCCAAGCCAAGGAGGAAUUUUCUGGCUAUGACUUUGAGAACAGAUUGCACGUCCGCAUACAUGCAGCCUUAGCCUCUCUAAGGGAAGUAGUUCCACAGUGAUGAACAGCAAGUCUUGUUAUCCUUUCCCACAGUUUCUGCACUUUAGGAUGAAGCAGAAGAAAGAGCUGUUGGGAAGACCAGCUUUUCUUCUGAAAACCACUUGUGCCAGAGACACUUUCCCAGUAUGGUCAGAGUUGGUAUGGCUUAGUAAAACAUUACAAUUUUAACUAAAGGUAAAUCAACCAGGAAGAAGGUUAAGUGACCUUGUGUUUUUAACUCAUUGUUUUUUAUUUUGUUUAAACCAAGCUGAACACAAUUGCUUGCAACUGUGGGUGAGCCUAAAGAAGCACACGUAAUUUACUUAAACAAUAUUGGCAAAUGUGAUUUUUACCUUUUAAAACAGAUCUAGAUCUAAAAUAUGCCAAGGGGAGCACUUCUGGUUUGAUUAGAAUAAUACAAUAAAAGUAAUUGGUGUAAAUGUUGAAGUUGGAAAUGGUCAGAAUACUUCUUUUUCUUUACACAUUUGCCAAUACACAGGAGGAGGAAAACUGUUCAGCCACAAAAAGCAGAUCUUACUAAAUUUUAGUGGCUUAUGUCAGUUACCUCAUGAUUACUAAUGUGUGAAUUUUAAACCUCUCAUUGGCUUCCAUUUUCUGUCUCAUCCCUCCCAACCCAGCUCAGAUUCAUGAUAUGAAUUUAUGUCAAUGUUUAUGAUCUCUGCUUCUGGUACAUUCCAGUCAAAUACUUGGACAUGCAGUUACAGCGUGGGCAGUUCUUAUUUCCACUCUUAAUUUUCUGAAUGUAAUGUUAAAAUACAUAGGCCAGAUACAGUAAUUUUAUGUAUUUUUCAUUCAAGCUGCUCAAUCUUUGUAGCAGUGACCUUUACAGGUAUUCUAAAAAAAAAAAAAAGACACCAAACCACAAAACACAAACCCAAAAAUUUGCUUUGGUAGUUACACCAAUACUACGAUAUCCUGAGUCUCUGUAUGGUAUUUCAAACCUGUGGUGUUAAGAUAUUGCUAUACCUCAAGAGAGCUUAAAACUUUUCUCCUGACCGUAUAAUUUUUAAUACUUGGCCAUCUGUGUGCUUAUCUGUAGCUUUUUUUCCAUUGCCUGUAAUACGUACUAUUUUCUUAUGUUUUAUAUUCAGUUAAUACCAUAUUCUAGGAAGGUGAAUAUUUUUUAAAAGAAGCUUACGAAUGGAAAUCUGACCAGAAAGUUAGUUGAAUUAUAUUACUUUGCAAAGCGAAGAAAACUGGAUAUCCUUGGAAAGAGUUAUCUAAAAGCCUUAUCUUUACUUUGGUCAGGUUGCCUUAAACAGUUCCGUAGCUUAAAUUUUUUUUUCUUCUUACCUUUCUGGAAAGCAUGUUGCCAAAGUUUUAGACCUUGCCCACACCUAAUCUUCAUUGAUUUGCUUUUGAGGUUACAUCUAAAGCAAGACUGAUACGGAGGAGAGAAGUAAUGUCCUAUUUCGUAGGCCAGAUGAAAUGGUUGAGACACUUAUUUCUCUCUAGAAAUACUCAGUUCUGCUAUGAAACUAGAGCAGGUAAACACUUCUGUUGCAGUUCCUGAAGGAGAGGAGGGACUCUUAAAAAAAGCAGUUUUAUUUUUCUAUAAUCUAGGUGUGUUACAGAUAGUACACUGGAGUUUUUUUAUUCCAUUUUGACAGUAAUUAGGCAUAAAUGAGUGUUCAACCUUAUUUGGUCAAUCCAAAUAAGUAUUGACUAGAAAAUGGUAUAUUGUAUAUAUAUAGUGACUGCUUAGAGUUCAAAAAAUUAUUUUAAAAAUGGGCUUUAAGGUACUUGAAAUCUUAUUUUGUCGUAUCUGACUUUUAAUGUUUUGCAAUCAAAGACACAGUCUAUUCUGGGUAAAUAGGUGGAAACAGUACAGUACUGGCAAAAAUCCUUUACACUCCUUAAAUAUAUGAGACUAGGCUGUUCAGGACACAAAGCACCUGCAUGCAAUUUGUGUUGGGAUAUUUAAGGUCUGCAUACUUGGAGGUAGCUGGCAAAUUGUAGUAAAUUUACUAAAAGGCCUGUUCUCACCAGGCCAGGAGUGGGAAAGACACUAUAUGUUCAUGUAACAGUUUAAUAACUGUGCAAAUUGCGGCUUUUCUGUGGACUUAGCAAAUCAUCACAGCUGUAUGUUUCUGUAUUAAUUAUUUUUUCCUUCUCCUCGUAGGAGAAUCUCCUACAUUGUAAAUUGCAAAAUUAUUUUUUAUGUUAGAUUGUGCCUGUGAUGAGAAAAAUCUCAACGGUAUUUUGUGUUAACUGUCAAGUUUUUAUACUUUGGAACUCGGAGGCAUGGUCUAAUAGCAAUAAUGGAAUAUGCAUCUUGCUAGUUAAUAUGUUAAGGCCAUCUUUACGGGGACAGGUUAUUUUUUGUUGAUGUUGAUGCAGUUUUUAUCUCAAUAUGACUCCUUUCAAAUAAAUAACUAGACUUUUUAGAUGUCACAAGGUGGCAUAUUUAUUGUGAUGUACUGUAAACGUUGUUAAUUUACAGAAAUUGCACUUUUAUAUUUCUGAGUAAAAUUAAAAGAAAUGUGGACAUGA